CUAAAUAAUAUAAUUUAUGAUUUUUUUUUCAAAAAUAUCCCGGACAGAGUUACCUUUUACUUUUGAAACUUCAGGAACAUGUUAAACAAUAAAUAUAUUUUAAUCAUUUCCAGUUUUUUGUGAUUGAUUAAUCAUGAUUAAUCAUGAUUUUUAAUCAAUGAGGCAUUUUUAAUCAUUAAUCAUAAUCAAUAAUCACAGAUAAAACCAAUUUUAAUCAUUAAUCAUAAUCUUUAAUCAUCCUAAAAAUCAAAUUAAUCAUUAAUCAUAAUCAAUAAUCACCAAAAUUGGAAUUUUAAUCAUCAAUGAUUAAUCAUGAUUAAAAUUUUUGUUAAUCAUGAACGCUCUGGUUAGGAUUUUUGUAAAAGUAUGUAAUCAUUUUUUUUUUAAUUCACGUUUUAUUUCAUGCAUAGUACAAUAUUCAAUGUGUAAAAGCAGCUUGAGAACAUGAAAAAAUAGUACUAAUUAACAAAGUUAUAACAAUUUCUAUAAAACGUGUUUUUAAUAGGUUUGCCUUGACUAUGAUAACGGUCCAACGGCUCAACUGAAAGCACAAAUCCAGAACAAAAUCGUUACUAGAAGACUGUGUGGUGUCCUUGAACGAUUAAUACAUCAAAAAAUGGUUUUAUUUCGUAAACGGGAACGAUUUUUUUUUUAAAAACCUUUUUUUUUUAUCUAAACAUGUAUGAAAAAAAUCAUAACACUAAUAUUCAUUUGUUUUUUUUUUUUCGAAAUAUGCUGAUCGUUUUAGGACACGACACGCGAAUAACAAUAGGACAAUUUGGUUGAAACCAGUUGAAAACUGUUUCUGCAAUCGUAGUUACCCACAUCGACGUUUUUGAAAAAAACAUGAUUUGGAGAUAAUAGCGUUUAAAGUUUCAGAUAUAUACACUACGCGCCCGUAAGGGAGCGAGGUGCAAAACGCUAUAUCUUUGUUUCUACUACUCUAUGAUAAUUUGACACAUCAUUAUUAAGAACUCAUACUUUAAGAUAAAAGACCUCAACAUAUACAUAUAACCCCUUAAAUAUAGUAGUCAUGAUUGGUACUUGGUAUUAAAAAAAAGAGCUUAGAAGCAACAAAAUGCACAAAGUUUUGAAUUGUGUUCAUCAGGAAUACUUGACUAGACCUAUAUUGUGCAAUAGAUACCUAAUAGAAGUGUCUCUACAGUGAAAAAUCGAGUUUUACCGCCGGCAAAAGCGCCACCAAUCAAUCAGAGUACACAAAAAUCAUGCAUCAUCUGGACUUUGGCGGCGGUAUACGGCAUUCUGAUUCCGGUGUCAACGGGCCCAGCGCUGUCAUCCAUGGCGGCGGUGGCGGCGGCCCUCCCAAUAUGGGACUCGUAUCGCCGUACGACGCUCUGCAUAGUGUGGCCACCGUCGGUUCCGGUGGUACCGAAAUGGUCGUUGACUUCCACCAUCAUCACUACGUGCCGACGGAGUACUGGAACGUGACGCCGUACAAAAAUGGAUCGACGCCGAUGAAGGAAAUGGAAGCGUGCUUACAAAACGCCAACAAAGCCCAAUACAACCCUCUGGAGCAGGUCGAGCAGCUCAGCAUCAAUUGUGAUAGUGAUAGCCUUCAUAGUGUUAGUAAUCUAGCUAGCAGUAAUAGCAAUAUCAACAAUAAUAAUACGUUAAAUAGCAAUAAGAACUUCAUCAACGAUGCCGACAACCACCCCGCAACUAAGCCAACCGCCAGUAUUAGCGGGGGAGGCAACGACGAUGGAAGUGCCAGCAACAGUAGAGGCGAUGGCCGCACUAGUCCCAACUGCAACACCACCAACAGCAGCAGCAGUAGCAACACCAUCGCGGUUGCUGGCAAAACGCUGUCAAGCAGUAACGGUGGCAAAAAAUCAAAUAGCACCGAUAGCACGGACAAACCUUAUCACCCAUCGCUGGCCGCCGUCAUGGUGAUGCUCGAGGGGAAGCAUCUGUGGGACAAAUUCCACGAGCAAGGCACCGAGAUGAUUGUGACCAAGGCCGGCCGGCGAAUGUUUCCCACCUUUCAGGUAAAGGUGGUCGGACUAGAGCUAACCGCUGAGUAUCUGAUGAUAAUGGACUUCGUACCGUUGGACGAUAAGCGAUAUCGAUAUGCUUUCCACACCUCCAGCUGGGUGGUGGCUGGAAAAGCAGAUCCCAUUUCGCCUCCCCGAAUAAGCGUCCAUCAAGACUCACCGGCGACCGGAGCCACAUGGAUGAAGCAAACAAUCUCCUUCGACAAGUUGAAACUGACCAACAAUCAAUUGGACGAUAACGGACACAUCAUUCUCAACUCAAUGCAUCGGUAUCAGCCGCGCCUCCAUGUCUGCCACUUUUCCCGGACGAACAGCACAAACAACAACAACAACCACCACCAUCAUCGGGGCCCAAUCAAAACUGAGAAGGACAUGUUGACAUACCGGACGUUUGUGUUUCCGGAGACAUCGUUUACCGCGGUCACGGCCUACCAAAACCAACGGGUUACGCAGCUGAAAAUUGUGAGCAAUCCAUUUGCAAAAGGAUUUCGUGAUAAUGAAACUAAUGAAGAUUCUCAAGAAAGAAUUUCCUCUAUGAACGACCGGAUGAAGAGUGAACGCAGUGGAAACUUCAAAAAAGACGCCGCCGAUGCAACAAACUCGGCAUCGAUGACGCCGACAGCAUCGGUGAUGACAGGUCCGUCGCUUUCCCCCGGUUCCGGUGGCGGGAGCUCAGGAGGGACUCCCACAGCAAACGGCGGCGUUUCCAGCGGACUCGGUAUUUCCAGUGCGUUCCAAUCUUCGCUGGUAAGUUCCGCCUCGGCAGCUGCCGGCCUGUCGCCGUAUGCCAUCAGUCCGCACAACAACCCGACCAUGCUGAGUCAACCGUACGCUACGGAGUCGAGCGGCUUUGGACCCAUCUAUCAUCACCAUCAUCACCACCACCAUGGGCAUAGCCCGUUGUCGACGCACCAUGGGUCAUACGUGAGUUCGUUCGACAAGUACGACAAGUACAAAAUGGCACCGCCGACGCCUCCGCAUCACUCAAGUCACCCCACGGCGGCGUCCAGCUAUUCGGGUCACUAUCAAGGAUUCUACGGCACUCCUACCGGUGGUCAUCAUCAGUUGAUGAGACAGAAUAACGGGUGUAUAGAUUAUGUCCAAAGAUGAGGGUGAGGGUGGUUUGGUGAUACCCAUUCAUUGACUGUAAAUUUUUCCGACCAAAAAAUGAACUCCCGUUGAAUAUUAUGUGUGUUCUAGUGUUUAAUCAAAUAACUGUUUUAGUGGAUUAAUUUAACCGAAGAUAAAGGUACCAUAGGGUGUACGAAAUCUCUGUAAUUUAUUUCUUAA